AAAAUUAAAUAAGUAUUGUUACAAUAUAGUAUAUUAUGAAUAAAUAUCUUUAGGUUACACUAAUCUGAUGGCCAUACAUCCAUGGGGCUCUUAGUGGCUGGUGAGGAUACAUUUGUCUUAUUUAUUAGUGUACCAUGCAGGGGCGGACUGAGCACUUGGAAACUUGGGCACUGCCCGAGGGCCCGGGGUCAGUAGGGGGCCCUAUGAGAUGCCCCAUGAGAUGCCCCUGGUACCUUUUUCAUAGGCUUUUUUUAGUUUGGGCAAGGACACAGGGGCUCCAUGAUCCCCUAUUGCCCGGGGGCCCCAUGAGUUGUCAGUCCACCCCUGGUACCAUGUAU